CCCAGGACAGCGCACCUGUAGAGGCGGCCGCGGCCCGGAGCCCCGCCCCCCGGGAGGGGCCAUUCUGCAGGUCUCCCCGCCAUGCACGGCCCCAACCCCAGGCCCGGCAUGAAAUUUAGCGGCGAAAAGGACGUGGUUGACGUGGUGUCAAUGGACUGAGGCUAAGCUGGAGCCGGGUAAAGCUCCCUCUUCGACCCGAAGUCCCGCCCAUUGCGUUCGUAGUGCCCUGGGACGGAGGCAGAAGUCCCGCCCGCUCCGCUCCAGACCCUGCCACCGGCCGGAGUCCGGCUUGCACGGCCCGGUCCCUCCCGGGCCCUGCGGUCUCCGGCGGGGGAGACCCGCCCACUCUGGACGCAAGCCACGCCCACUCCGCUGGAAGUUCCUGCGAAACGCCUUGUAAGUUUGCAUGACCCCACCCUCUGUACCGUAGACCCCGCCCACUCGCCGCACCUGCCUUGGCCUUAGGUUCCCAGAGGCACCUGGAUCCGACAGCCCGGCAGUCCGCGGCGUCCCCCGCCAGCGAGAUGCUGCAGCGAAGCGCGGAGUCUGCGGCCGCCCAGCCCAGCGACGCUGCCCGGGAACCCGCGACCCCAGGAGCAGCUCCGAGCCAGGGCCCGCCGCAGAAGCCCAGCCCGUCAGCUCCGCCUUCCCGGCCCCGCCGGCGGCCCCCACCCCAGCGCCCGCACCGCUGCCCCGACUGUGACAAGGCCUUCUCGUACCCGUCCAAGCUGGCCACGCACCGGCUAGCGCACGGCGGCACCCGACCCCACCCGUGCCCAGACUGCCCCAAGGCCUUCUGCUACCCCUCCAAGCUGGCUGCCCACCGCCUUACGCACAGCGGCGCCCGCCCGCACCCGUGCCCGCACUGCCCCAAGGCCUUCGGCCACCGCUCCAAGCUGGCGGCCCACCUCUGGACCCACACCCCAUCACGCCCCUACCCGUGUCCCGACUGCCCCAAGUCCUUCUGCUACCCCUCCAAGCUGGCUGCCCACCGCCACACGCACCACGCCACCGACGCCCGCCCCUACCCUUGCCCGCACUGCCCCAAAGCCUUCUCAUUUCCCUCCAAGCUGGCCGCCCACCGCCUUUGUCACGACCCCCCCACCGCGCCCGGCAGCCAGGCCCCAGGCCGGCAUCGGUGCUCCAGCUGCGGCCAGGCCUUUGGCCAGAAGCCACUCCUGCUCCUCCACCAGCGCAGCCACGCCCAGGCGGAGCACCCGGGGGAGCGGGAGUGAGCGCCAGCGGCUCACUGGCUCCCUCUGCUGCCAGCCCCCGGCAGGAACCAGGUGGGAUGUGGACUUGCCUCUCGGAGACCGCGCAGGGACAGACUGCCCAUUUAUACUGGACCUGACCCCAGAAGGCGAGGAACCCUUUGCUCACCUGCUUUGGGGAGGGGGAGGUGCCAACCAGAGCUAGCCCUGGGUUGAUGGGAAAUGCCAACCGGCUUUUUUGCGGCUAAAAGUUUGAAUUGCCAUCUCCACUUCUGUGGAUGGCUGGAUAAAAUGCACACAUCCUCGUUUCAGCUGCUCUCCAGGUAGGGCCUGACCCUAUAAAUGUGCGCAUGUGAAAAAGGCAGGAAAGUGCUCACUGGAGCGCGGUGCUUGUGGCCAAAGGCUGGCAGCAGCCCAAGCGCCCAUCAGCAGGGGCCAGCUGGUGAGGGACAGGACAGCCACGGUCGGGACACGCAGCCGUGCAGUCAGUGCUGUGUGUGGACGGAUGUGGAGAGAUUCCCAAGCUCUCCCGGCUGGUGAUGCCACAGCCCACGCCUCGGAGCCAGCCUGAGCCACUGCUACCAAGCUGCGGGGCCCUGAAAGCCCUGUCACUUCUCUGGACCCCGGCGCCUUCCUCUCACAUGGCAGCAUCUGUCAGGGGCGAGCAGCGUCUCAGCAAAGCCAGCCCCCGUCUGAAGCCUGCGUCUCCCCCUGUGAAAUAAGACGAGCAAGCUAACGCCAAGCUGCUCGUUGUUCUAAACAUACGCACUCAGCGUCUACGGUGUGUGUGCUCUGCACGGGGUGUUGGGAACACGGCCGUGAGGACAGACCCCGGCUAGCAAGGUAGGGGAAGAAGCCAAGUCCGUUAGCUGGGUGAGUAGGGGAGCCGCCCUCCCACUCCAGCUACAAGGAUCACUUCCAAGUUGUAGCAAUGGCGCCUGUGCUGUUGGCCUGGGAACAGACCAUGGAGAGAAGUGAGCUCAGAAACACCCGUGAUGCCCGUGUGACAGACCCUACCUGUGUGUGGGGAGGCGAAGGGCCAGAUGGUUUCUGCUCCUAGGUUUUGCCAGCCCCAGGGCUGACUGCAGGGUUUGCCACCAUAGCAGAAGGCAGCCAUGCGCCUCACCACACGUGGGUGGGGGCAUGGCUGGACGCCAGUCGGGCUCUGUAAGGACAGCAGACGAGCUAGGUCUCCCUAGGGGCUGUAGUUUGUUGGCCCCUGCUGUGGACUGGUCCAUAAAGGAGGCCAAGAUCCAGGGAAAUAAACUAUGGGAUCACAAGACCCCCAAGAUGCCUGCGCCUCAUCCUUAGUUUACCCGUGGCGAAAGGGGCUUUGCAGGAAUAAGUGCCCAGUGUAAUCCCCAAGGGUCGGUAAUGGGCGUGGGGGAAGCAGAGACCAGUGCUGCGUCAAGGAAGCGGACUCUCCCUCAGGCCUCUAGGAGGAAUGCAGAGCCGCUGACCCCUGGCUUUAGCCCCCCGAGGCUGGUGUUGGACCUCCUCCCUAACUGGGAAUAAACGUGCAGUGCUCAAGGCCACUGGGUUGUGGUAAUCCGUUACAGGAACAAUAGCACAUGACCAGAUCCCUACCUCACACCAUGCACAAAGCAGUGGAGGGGUCUCUACAGACAGACCGAUGGAUGAAUUCAAGCAUGAACAGAGCUGGGACCAGCAGCCAGAUCCUGGGAACGUGUGCCCACAGGAGAGGCUGGGAAAGGCCUUCCCAAGGCUGCCAUGCUCAGCCGAGAUCUGAGCGUGGUGGACGC